AUGAUAGAAUUAAUUUAUAACGAACUUUUUGCAGCUGUAACUUUAGUGGAAACUCUUGAAAAUCAUUCUAAUUAUAUAAACUAUUAUCCCAAUUGUGAUGUUAAUGUAUGGCUUAGGACUUGCGAGAAAAAAAUUACUUCACCAAUUACUGGAAAAAUUAAAGGAAGUAUUCCAACUUGGAUAAAUGGGGCUUUAAUAAGAAAUGGUCCAGGAAGCUUAAUCGUUGGCAAAGCUCAAUUUAAACAUUUAUUCGAUGCAUCUGCUUUAUUGCACAGAUUUGGAAUAAAUAAUGGACAAGUUACAUAUCAAUGUAGAUUUCUUAGGUCGGAAAGUUUUAAGAAGAAUCACAUAGCAAAUCGUAUUGUUGUAACAGAAUUUGGAACUAAGGCCAUACCCGAUCCUUGCCAAAGCAUAUUUUCAAGAGUUGCUUCUAUAUUUGAACCUGGAGAAGGCAUUUCCGACAACGCUAUGAUAUCCGUUUAUCCCUUUGGAGAUGAGUAUUAUGCCUUAACAGAAACUCCAAUAAUGCACAGAUUUGAUCCCAAUGAUUUGAAAACACUUGGAAAAGUAGAAAUAGGCAAAAAAUUAGGUCUAGUCAGUCAUUCAUCCCAUCCACAUCUUACACAAAAAGGAGUUGUUUACAAUUUGGGAAUGAUUGUUACCUCGGCAGGCCCUCAAUAUUGUAUUGUUGAAUUCACGCCAAAGAAACAAGGUAAUAUGUUCGACACAACGCACAUUGUAGCCAAAAUACCAGUUAGAUGGCCUUUGCAUCCUUGCUAUAUGCAUACUUUUGGUUUGACUAAGAAUUAUUUUAUUAUUGUGGAGCAACCAUUAAGUUUAUCUGUAUCAGAAAUGAUAAAAGGCAGAAUAUGUGCAGAUCCUAUGAUAAAUUGUUUGAAAUGGUUCGAUAAUCAAAUGACAUUCAUUUAUGUCAUAAACCGCAGUACUGGAGAAUUAGAAAAGACAUUCAAAGCGCAACCUUUCUUUUAUCUUCACAUAAUAAAUCAAUUUGAGACAAAUAACCACAUCAUUUUAGAUGUAUGUUGCUACAAAGAUCCUGCUAUGGUGAAAUGCAUGUACAUUGAGACGAUGAAGCAAAUGCAGUUUAAUAAAAAUUAUGCCAACAUGUUUCGUGGACGACCAGUUAGAUUUGCUCUUCCACUAAAAACGAAUGAAAAAAUUGAAAAACUAGAUAAAUUGGGCCAAAAUAUAGUAAAUUUGUCAUUUACUAGUGCUUGUGCUUAUUAUGGAAAUGAUGGAUCUAUAAAUGUUAUUCCGGAAAUGUUAUGUAAUAUCGGUUGUGAAACUCCGACAAUAAAUUAUAAUAAACGAUCAGGGAAACACUACCGGUAUUUUUAUGCUAUUAGCUCAGAUGUAGAUUUGGAAAACCCUGGGACACUUAUAAAAGUGGAUUUAAAAAAUAAAAAAACAAAGACAUGGAGCGAAUCCAAUUCCCACUUGGGUUGUUACCCCAGUGAACCCAUUUUUGUCAGUAAUCCUGACCCCAAGUCCGAAGAUGAUGGAGUAGUAUUAUCUUCACUAGUAUGGGGUAAAAAUAAAACUAACAAAGUGGCAUUAUUAGUUUUAUGUGCAAAGUCUUGGUCAGAAAUUGGACGUUGUGUCUUUAAAACACCUGGACCGGUUCCAAAAUGUUUACAUGGCUGGUUUGCAAAUGCAAUGAAGCAGAAAACUUAA